AUUGGCGUUUAUUAUGAAACAAACAUAAGGAUGCGUGAAUGCCGCUUCCUUUUACGCUAGCACAUAGGAGCUACCAACUGCAACCAGCAGCUUCGUCCUUGUAGUUGCCUUUAGAGAGAUGUUUGAGCAUCUCCGUUGUGCUGUAUUGUUAAUAGCGUUAUUAUGUCUUCUGUCAUCUUGCGCUGGCAGUGGGCCCACUGGUGAAUGGAAACAGCUCAAGGACCUUCGGGCGUCGAUGUAUGCAGAAAUGAAGUACAGCAGGGCUUGCAUAAAGUUAAUGACAAGGACUGGGCCACAAGGCUGCGAGGCUGCCGACCAGGAGUUAAUUACCGCUCCGCUAGUGUACAGCUAUGACUUGCCGGCGCUUCCCCGAGGUGGCCGCAAGGUGGUGGUGCUGCCGGCCUCUGACGUGGACCCCUUCCUGACACGCCUCGAGACAGAGCCCGCCCUGCGGGAACAAGUGGCUGGCGUGCUCGUGGAUCCCACCUCGGGCCUACCUGCGCGGCAAUCCGUCGCGCCCACAUUCCCGGGCGCCGCCUUCGCGCCGUACUCGGCCCCGUCGUACGUUUGGAACCCCGCAGGCACCGGCUUCAACCGCCACUUCUUCGGCAUCCCCAUGUACAUCCUCACGGGGGCGCUGGCCAACGAAACCUCCUGGCGCGCCGCAUACAACGCGGAAAACAAGCUCAAGGGCGGGCGCCACGUGGCUCGCAUGCAGCUGCCCAUGCAGGCGGAGGGGAACUCCUCGCAGUGCAUCCAGGAAAACACAUGCCUGCCGGUGGGCGGCUACGGCGUGUGGACGGCGCUGCCGCCGCUGCCCGACCCCUCCUACAACACCACCGGCAGCGCGCGGCCCAUCACACUGCUGCUGGCGCAGACGGACAGCAACUCCCUCUUCCACGACGCAACCCGGGCUGCCGGCACCGCCACCUCGGGCCUGGUGGCCUGUCUGGUGGCGCUGAAUCUGCUGGCGAGGGCGGGGCUGGCGGGCACGUACGGCAGGCAACUGGCCUUCGCAGCGCUGCCCGGCGAGGCGUUUGACUUCAUGGGCAGCAAGCGGCUGCUGUACGAGAUGUCGCUCAACUCGUCGUACGUGCAGGGACUGCGACUGGACCUCAUAGACCAGGUGUUGGAGGUGGGGCAGGUGGGCUCGGCCUUCGACGACGCCAGGAACCGCUCCAGCUUCUUCGUACACUCGCAGCGGACGGCCGGCUUCGGAAACGCCUCGGCACUGCUAGCGGCCGCACAAACGGCUGCGACCUUGGAGGCUCCCCAGGUCUCCGUCCAGUCUGCCUCCGCCGCCAACCCCGGCAUCCCGCCCUCCUCGCUCAUGAGCUUCCUGCGCGUCAAGCCCUCCAUCGCCGGCGCCGUGCUGUCGGACUUUGACAGCGCCUUCACCAACCCCUACUACCAGAGCGACUUUGACAUCGGCACCAACGUAUCCCUGGAGGCCCUGGUGGACGCCUCCCUGCUUGUGGCCCGCACCCUGCACCUGCUGGCCGCCUCGCCCGCCACCCCGCCCCUGCAGCUCAACCGCACGCUGGCGCUCUACCUUGUGGCCGACCUGGUUGUGUGUCUGGUGUGGGACACGCCGGGCAUGCGGUGCCCCACCGCCGCCCUGCUCAUGAGCCCAGACAUCCAGGUGUUCUACGACGGCACCACCUCGGCGGCCGUCAGCGCAUACCCGGGGGUGCUGCCGUGGGUGGAUGCGGACCCCAAGGCGUCCAGGAGCAAGCCCAACCUGGCUCGCUUCCUGUUCAACUACCUGGGCAACAUCACCGCCGCGCCGCUGCCCGCCAACCGCUCCAACAGCUCCUGGGAGGGCGCGCCAUGCGACACAACCGUCAACAUCUGCCCCGCCAGCCUGGCCUGCAUCGGCUGGCGCUACAGCACCACUGACACCGCGGGCAUGGGGCGCUGCCGCAACACCUCCACCAACUACGUGCCGGCGUACAGCACCAGGCUGUGGUACGGCUUCAACAAGAGCUGGUGGGGCUGGUGGCUGAGUGACGCAGCGGCCGACUGGGAGGCGGCCUACGACUGGCCGCCCGACCCCAUGUGGGCCGAGUCCAACUGGCCGGCGCGCACCCCCACCCUCACCGUCUUCCAGGAGGAGUCCACCCGGACCCAGGUUGCUACACUGGUGGUGGGGCUGCUGCUCUCCGUCGCCACCGCAGCGGUAUCCUGGGCGGGGGUCAAGGCAUUCGAGCGGCACCUCAAAACGCAGUGAAGACGGCGGCGGUUGGGCGCCGUUGAGCAUUGACCAACAACGAUUGCAGUUUGACCGAAGCCCUUGUUGCAGUGAAAGCCUUCUCAACCGGGCGGUUUCAGCCGAAGAGGCUGUUUGGUUGGUCUUGCCAGUGGGAUGUUGGGGCCAUCUGGACCUCCCUGGCGCCGUGUGAACGGGGGCGUGUGGUGGUUGUGAUGUUGGAAGGGUUUGGUGGCAUUGUGGGUAAAGAGGAAACAACUAACUGACCGUGUGGAAAGGCGUCAACAUGGUGGGGGCUUGGAAGCAUGGUGGUGGUGGUGGUGGUGGUGUGGUUUAUACUUAACAGGGCACCUUUGCACCUGAUGUACAUACACUUUGGGCUUUGCGCUAGGCAUGAAACAACCAUAGUCGACGAACUCAAUGGCUACCCGCUUUUUAUGAAGUUUCACCAAGCUAGGCAAGCUUCGCCGCACGUGAAUAGUUCCCAUGUCCUGUGCCAAGUGCAAGGCGCUGUCCAGACGUGUGUCUGCAUUGGCUGUGCGUGGUGUUCGGUGACAGUUUAGUGUUGGGCACUUAAGACGCUGUUGCUUUGCGUUACAUGGCUUACAUCACACCAACAAAGGGGUUUUGGCUCAGGACUAACGCCCGUGAGCCU